GAUUGCCAUAGCUGCUGUUAAGCUUCAAAAUGGCUGACGUGAAGUGAUAUCGCUUAAAUGCUUUUGGCUACAGAAAGGGAAUGUGUAUAAACAAAGGAAACAUUCAGAAUGGCAUCAAAGGAGGUUAAGAAAAAGCGAAGCUCAACCAACCCAAGCCCAACCAGGAAAAAAGGCCUCAAGCAAAAGAAUGACAAGCAAUCUGUGACAGUACUGGAGCUGACUAGUACAAGGGAGGAUAUCCAAGAAGAAAAUACAAAAGACACAGGCCAGGAGAAAGAUGAAACAUCAGUUGGGAGGGAGAUCACUUCAGAAUCUCCACCCCCAGAUACUAUUGCCAGUCCAAAGUACAUAAAAUCGCCUAGGGACUAUAGCAAAGCACGAAGCUCCUCACCUUUCAGAAGGAAUGUUGUGCAGCCUUUAGAUGUUGGUGGUAAUGAACCAACACAUUUGGGAAGUGCCACAUCUUUACGUUCAGAAACUUCUACGAGGAGUAAAGAAGCCUGGCCAGAAAAGAGUGAUAGAUUCAUCUCUUCCAGACAUGGACAAAAAGCAUCUGCAGGAAGCCAGGACUCCCAAGCAUGGAGCAAAGUUGAUUCCAUCAGUAUUAAAUCAGAGGCAUUUUCUGAGAAAUGCAGGUCGGAACAAAAUGCAUAUAUCCCAUAUAGCUAUGCUUGGGAUUGCAUUGCUCGCAUUGUGGGUGAUAUGAACAGUAUGAAGACAAAACAUGUCUACAUAGUGCAAGAAAUUGAGAAGCAUUAUAGAGCUAUAGAAGAUGAAACCCAGCAUCAGUUCAAUGGAUUUGUGAUGAUGCUGCGGCAGCAAUAUUCUGGCAAAGUGGCAACAUUCAGACAAGUUAUUGAAGUCCAUCGCCUGGAGCUUCAACGCAAGGAAGCAUAUUGGAAUGAAACUCUUAAGAGUCUGACAGAGCAUAACAAUCGUCUGCUGAAAGAUCGCAAAGUGCUUCUUAUUCACAGCAAGGAAGAGAUAGAGAAGAUGAAUAAAGAAAAAGUGGUUUUAGUGGAUCAGCUGACUUCACAGAUGGACAAUGAACGAUCAUCAGCCUCAAAGACUGUAAAAGAGUUUGAAAAGCAUCUUCAGGAGAAAGAAGAAGUUAUUCAUAGUCUGGAAGAUGAAAACAAGAGGAUUCUGGAUGAACUGGAAGUGGAGAAACAGGAGGUUAUCAGGUUGAAAGGGCUUUUGGCUAUAGGAGCAGCAGCCCUUCAUGAUGUAAAGAAAAAGGAAGAAGUUACACUUGUGACUGCAUCCCCUGUUGCCACCUAUGAAGAACAGAAACAAUCAGAAGAGUUUCAGCAGCUGUUGCUGUAUGUAAAUCAAGUGGGAGAGGAGCGCCACAAACUCAUGGACAAAAUCAAGAGUUUGCAAUCUGAGGCAGCUGUUCUGUUGCUGGAAAGUACAGAAUGGAAGGAAAAGUACCGUUUAAUGAGGCUUCAUGCUGGUGACACUCUCAGAAUGAAGGAACGCUUUUUGAAGCUUGAGAAUCAGUACAAGGCCCUAACUUUAGUGGUUGCUGCGUCAACUGACUCUGCAAAGGUGGCUCAGCAAGAAGAGGAAAAAGUUUCUGAGCAGUUGUCCAUGAUGAAGACUGAGCAGAGUCAUCUUGCUAAAGAGAUUGAGCAAUGGGAAAAAGAAUUUAGAAGAAAAAAUGGCAGAGACCCAACAGAAGAAGAUAAGCCAGACUCUGUUAAGGAGCUUUACAUUCAGGUUAGUGAGGUGUCACAGAUGGUGGAGUCACUUGGUCAGCAAAUAGAAACUCUGCAAGCUGUGCAAUCUGGCACCAUACCUCCAGUUCCAGAACUUUCUUCCAUGGUAAUGCCUGUGCCAGAGCCCAGUGUGUCUGUUGUAGAAGUGAUGGUUCCAGACCCAACUAUUCUGGCAAGCUUGGAGCUUAGCCGCAAGGCUGAAGAUGACUUACAGUCACGCUUAGCAGCAUCCAUUGCUGAAAAUGCUGAGCUCUUGGCACAGAUAGCUGCACUUCAGGCUGGUGCAGCUGGGACAGUUCUGAAUGAUGAUUCAGAGAAACUGGAGAAACUUGCUGCAGAACUUGGUGAGAAAGAAGAGGAACUUGAACAAUUAAGAGCAGAAAACCAGGAAAUGUCUAAAGACAUGAAAAAGAUGAUGCGGCAUUAUGACAAGCUACAAAAAAAGUUAGCAGACAGUUCAGCUGAUAGUGAGGCAUCACACUGUCUUCAGCUGGUAGCCGCUUUGGUACACGAUAUUCAUAAAGCACAUCCAGAUGCAGGUAAAGAAGUAGAAGCAAGACUGAAGCAGGCACAAGAAUCUGUCAAGUUGUUGACUGAGAAAGAAGGAGCAGCCAAGAAAGCCCUCAAGCUGUGGGAAAAAAAUUACAAGAGAAAACAUGGAGUCAUGCCUGAACCAAAGGACAGAGAUGAAGAAUGCCAGUUGCUGCACUCUAGUGUGGAAGACAUCACAAAGACUUUAAGAACAAAAGAACUAGAAGUCCAAGCUCUUACAUUGCUGCACACAGGUCACUACAGUCCACCAGAAAACAAGAAAAACAAGUCUGGAUCCAUGACCACACCAGAGACAGAUAUUGAUCAGCAACUGUCUGCACUAGAAGACAAGAUCAUCGAUUUGGAGGGAGAGAAGGAGAAGUUGGAAGACAGCAACAAAAAACAGCUGGCUAUAAUUGAUAAUCUAGAACAGCAGGUUCUGUCCUUGAAAGAACGGAUGGCAGGACUAGCCCAGGUAACUCCAUUGUUUCAGGACACCAAAGAGGUUUCUGAAUUAGAAGCAGAAGUGAACAGCCUGCAGGAAAGUCUUCAGCAGGAGCAGGCAGCCCAUGAGUUGACUCGCCAGGAGAUGGAAGCGCUGCAAGUAAAAGUAUUGGAGGUUCAAGAAGAGGUACUCAACAGGCAGGCAGAGGCUGAAGCCACAUUGAAUAAAGUCAAGGCAGUGAUGGAGGGCAAGCUGACUUUAAAAGAAGAGCAACUGGCAAAAUUGAAAAAGAAAAUUGAGGAUUUAGAAAAAGAGAGGCUGGCCAAUAUUCCACUGGAUACAUCCAAGGAAAUCAAGAAUCUGCAAAAUCAAAUAGCUUUGGUGGAAAAGGAGAAAGAAGAACUACAACUUUCAUCUACUACUGAAGCAGCAGGAGUUACUGAGAUGCAGACCAAGCUGCAGGCUGCUGUUAAAGCCCUUGAGGCUCAAAGAGCUGUUAACAGAGACCUCGAGAGUCGGGUAAAGGCUGCACGAUCAGAAAAGGACAAGGCUGUUAAGGAACUUACUAAUCAGUUGGACAAGAAGAAGCUGCAGACAUUGGCUCUGGAGAACAAAAUAAAACAACUGCAAGCAGCUGGGGCUGGGAGUGUUGUUACAACCACUGCUGUAAAGGCAAGCACCAAAGCUCCACCAAAGGGCAGUGAAGACAGUACAGCACUCAAGCAGGAAAUCAAAGACCUAAAUGCUCGUAUACAGCAGCUAGAGACUGAAGCACGCCGUGGGAGUGUUGUCAAGGGUGCUGGUGCUGAGACAGCAGCUGAUAAGAACCUUCAGAAGCGUCAUGAAAAGAUUCUGAAAGAGCUGGGGAAAAAGUUAGAAGCGGAACAGAGACGCAAUGAUGCACUGUCACAGGAAAUCAAGGAGAGGAAUGAUACCCUCAAGGCUAUGGAAAAGGAAAACAAGGAGAUGGAGGCAGAACUUGAGAAGCUGAGAGAGGAACUUGCUAUGUUGGGUGUAGCAGCCAAGGAGGGGGCAGAAGCUGCAAGCAGGGUUAAAUUCCUUGAAGCAGAAGUCAAACAGCUGAUUGAGGAGAACCGAGUGUUGACAGAGAACUACAACAGUGAGAGAGUGUUGCGAAAGAAAUAUUACAACAUGGUUGAGGAUAUGAAGGGAAAAAUUCGAGUGUACUGCCGUGCACGUCCUCUUAGCUCUUCCGAAAAAGAGCGAGGCAAUCACUCAAUAGUGAAAUCACCAGAUGAAUAUACAAUUCAAAUAGCAUCACAGCGUGGAUUAAAAGAAUUCCAGUUUGAUCAAAUCUUUAUGGAAGAUGUCACACAAGAAAGGGUUUUUGAAGAUACACACAAUCUUAUCCAGUCAGCAGUAGAUGGCUACAAUGUCUGCAUCUUUGCAUAUGGCCAGACUGGUUCUGGCAAGACAUUUACCAUGAUUGGUGAUCGUGACCAGAACUUUCCAGGCGUUGCCCCUCGGGCCUUUAAGGGUAUCUUUGAGCUUGCACAGGAGAACAAGGCCAAGUUUGACAUGUCUGUCUCUGCUUACAUGCUGGAGCUGUACAAUGACAAGUUGAUUGACCUAUUUGCUAAACCUGGAUCAUAUGAAGAGGACAAGCUGGAGAUAAAAAAAGACAAGAAGGGAAUGGUUUUUAUACAAGGAGCAGCUAUCAAAGCUGCCAGCAAUGCCAAGGAACUGCUUUCUCUCUUCGAGGAAGGCUCCAAGAACAGGCAUACAGCUUCCACCAAGAUGAACAGCGAGAGCUCUCGAUCACACUUGGUCAUUGGAAUAGUGAUGGAAAGUACUAACAAGGCCACAGGAACCAUAACAAAGGGCAAGCUCAGCCUGGUGGACCUUGCAGGUAGUGAACGUGUUGGCAAAACUGGAGCAACUGCUGAACAGUUAAAGGAAGCUAUGUCAAUCAAUAAGUCUCUGUCUGCACUGGGUGAUGUCAUCUCAGCACUAAGCAGUGAACAGUCCUUCAUCCCAUACCGCAAUAGCAAGCUGACGAUGCUCAUGCAAGACUCUCUGGGUGGCAAUGCCAAAACACUUAUGUUUGUCAAUGUCUCUCCUGCUGACUACAACAUGGAUGAGACUGUUACUUCCCUCACAUAUGCUUCACGAGUAAAGCUUAUCACAAAUGAUGCCAGCAAGAAUGCUGACAAUAAGGAGAUAGCACGACUUAAGUCGCUAAUUGCCAAGUUGAAGGCUGGAGAAAAGGUUGAAGAAGAAGAGGCUUAAAAUAAACUUAAAAUAAACAAAGCUACUUUCAUCUUACAAAGGAAAGAGCAUGGGAUAAAUUUGCUACUGUCCCAGAAUACUGUGCAAUGCCAUUUCAUGAUAUCUGCUGUGAUUGUCCACAACAAUAACAGUUGUUAAGGAUUCGUUUUGUUCAGUGUGACUUUCAGAUAUAUGUAUACAGUAUCUUGUUUUUAGUUUGUUAGCAAUUGUACUGAAGUUCCAUAAAUUUUAUGCUGAGAGAUGUGAGGCAGCAUUUAGGUGUAUAUAUAUGCAUGCAUGCACAUGCAAAUUCAACUUAUGUAAAAAAAUUCAAUGAAAAACUCCACAUUUCAAAUGAAAUUACAAAACUUCUUUUAUGCAAACACAUGUUUUCAUGUUAUGAUUGUGUUUAUCAUCAUAGUACAGUAUUAAUCUCAAUUUCAAAAUGGGCAAUUCACUGUAUGUUCACUGCAGUGUACUUUUGUCAAAUCCGGAGUUGGGGCUUAAGCAUUCUCUCAUGUAGUGUACAUGCAAACUGUUUCAAUGGGUUUCUAAAGAGUGGUCUCAUUUAAAAACGUAAAAUUCGCAGUUAGCUGGUUAAAGGGCUUUUAUAAUAAAAAAGAAGCACUGCCUUUGUAUUACUUGAUAAUCAAGAUAUCCAUUUUUGCUAGACAGGUUGACUUUUCCCACCAGCCUCAAAACACCAACCUUCUUCUCCAAAGUUAAUUACACUAAUCACCAAGCCAUGAACCUUAUGAUUUACAGCAAAAAUUAAAGAUGUUGUCUUUCCUGGAAGCACCUGAUGAGAACUGUGAACUUCACUGUUUAAAAAAAACCUCAAUAUCUGAGAUAUUUUUAAUGUUUUUGUAUAUAGGUUUUAUGUCACAUUUUGUUUAUAAAGCUUUAGAUCCUUUGCCAUUUUGCAUGUUGACAUUUUUUCACAGGCACUUUUAAUGUUUGUCUUACCCUGGUGGUAUUUUUGAAAAAAAAAAUGACUGUGAUAUAUUAAAAGAAAACCAGAACUAAUUUGACUUUGUGAAACAAGAAUGUCUGCAUGUAAAUGCAUUAAGUGUUAAAAAUUUCAACAAAAUGAAUUUCAAAGCUAAUGUAUCAAUGACUUAUAGCAGGCUCUAAUGCUUAGAACAUUAUGAUUUAUAAGAUUAAAGAGAAUAUUCUUAAACUUAAUGAUGUUAGUCUAUCUAGUCUCACCAAAGACUUGUACAAGUUGACCAGUUGGACUAGUGAAGGGAAUGAAUGCGCUUAAUGUUUCAUAUCAUUGUUAAACCCUGUGCAUCCACUGCUCCUGGAACUCAAGCAAGUCUGACUUAUUUUGAGAAAUAAUUUGGUAUUUAACUUGUGACUUGUAAGAAGACCAUCUAAGUGUAUAUUAAACUAAGUAUUGUAUGUUCAUGCAUUUUGACCUAUUUAGAUUUGUAGUACUAAUCAUGUCUGCAGUCAAGAACACAUGCCCGUUUUCAUCUUUAACACUGGACUUUAUAAAACCUAUUCACAUGAUGUUAAGGGAUAUUAUCUGUAAAGGUAUCACACACUGCAUUAGAAGACAAAUAUAUUAGAAAGUGCUAGUUAUUUUCACAAUUUUAAAUUAGGUAACUGUUUCAUUUGUCUCAAGAUUUGUAUUUCUUAGAGAGUAUUGCUGUGGUGAUCUGAACAUUAUGUAUCUCCAGAACAGUGGAAUAAAUCAUGAAGAUUUGGUUUAAUAUUAAAUAUAAAAAGAACUGUACGCAUGUUCACACCCAUGCAAAAAACGUCAACCAGACAAGUUUUAAGCACACAGUGCGAAUAUAAGUCAACAUCACUGAAUAAGUUAUCGCUGAUGACAUCAAGUACAUUUUAAAGCUGGAAAUAUCCUUAUCAUUAAAAGAAGAGUGCAUAAAAACCAGAGUGUGCAUAUGCCACCAAACGUUUAUGUGCAUCAAAAGUUUUUUCCAUCAAAGUAUAUAGUGGAAUUUGUAAAAAAAAAA